GUAAAGAUGUUGCUGCACCGAAUCCUUUGCCGAGUCACUCCAUGUCAGCUUAGAUCCUCGCGACUCAUUGCCACCACAUUGGUCCGUCGUGAAGUGAAGACUCCGGUUCAAGAAUGGGGUUGGGCGUACCUUCAGAAGCAAAAGUCUCUUGGUCGUCCCAUCGCACCACAUCUUGGUGCCUACAAACCUCCACUUACCAUGAUUGUGUCUGGUCUUCAUCGUAUCACUGGAUGUGCCAUGGCUGGUACUUUGCUUCUUGGAGGUAUCGGAUUUGCCUUGCUUCCAUUUAACUUCACUGAAUUU